UGUUCUUUCCAGUUGCUGUGGGUUACCGGAUCCGUCACUGCAAAACACAAGCUGCAGUCUCGCGUGUGAAUCGAUUCUUCACGCAUUCAUCUGUGGGACAUUGAGAAUGUCUUUUGGAGAAAUGUUAAAUACCACCCUAGCUUACACUAAAAGCCCGAAAGUCACUAAAAGAACUACAUUUCAGGAUGAAUUGCGGGCAGCUGUCAAUGCUCGAGCAGAAAAGAUGAUAAAUGAUGAUGAUAAUUAUUCUGAAGAUUUUGAUGAUGAAGAUAUUGACCCUGAUGAUGAUGAAUUCCUGAAGCAGUUUUUUAAAUCUGAGAAAAAUAAAGCUGGAAAAGUCAAGACCAGAAAAAAGAAACCUCCAGUAAAUGAUUUUAAGUUCUCUGAUGAUGAAGUUGAUGAAAAUGAGAGACCAAAAAAGGUAUCUUUUUUAAAGAAGAGAGAAACGUCUCCAAAAAGGAGUUCUGAUGUUGCACAGUCAAAUGACACGGUGGACAAAUACAGAGAUUUGAAGCACGAGAAAGACACCCUUUCAAAAUAUGCAGCCAGUCGAAAGGAAUGGUCUCCUUCCUUAAAAUCUGAAAAGGAGUUGGCACGUUCACAUUCAGAUAGUAAUGAUCCCUGGCAUAAAAGAGACUCUACAGAUGAUGAACAUCGAACUACCCCACGACCAAGAGAGCGUAAGCUGAGAAGCACCCAUUCUACAGGCAGUUUAACAGAUGGUGACACUCCAAAGCCAAAGCCACGGCAAAGAACUUUGAAAGGAAGUAGCCCUAGCAGAGAAGACAGCUUGGGCUCAAAUGAGGAAACUCUGAGCAGACAGGCAACAUCUUCAGUUUCCAUACCUUUAUCGCCCACCACAAGGAGCACUGCAACGUCUGCAUCGGAAACACAGAGAAAAUUAAAGAGCCCCAGCCCUAAGAGUUCACCACCUAAAAGUCCCACUUCACCCACUAUAUCUUCAAGGUUUAGUAGAUAUCCUUCAUCUUUAGGAGACUCCAGACACUUUGAGUCCACUCUAAGCAAGUCAAACAAUGGAUCUGCCUUUGAAGAUAGUGAUAAUACAGAAGACAGUGAUCCUGAAGAAAAUAAAGAUGCAAAAGAAGUACAACGAAAAUCUCCAACUCUAAUGGAGCUCAUGAUGGGUAAAACCGAAACAAGUGAGAUGUCCAAGGCAUUAUCUAGGCAUGACAAGAUCAUAGGAAUCAGUGGCAGCACAUCACCCCGCAUGGAGGAAAGGAGAAAGAAGAAAUUUGGUUCUACUCAUUUGAAGGGAAUUACAAAAGACAGCUCUGAGGAUGAAGAUGGAGAUGAGCCAGAUAGUGCAUUAGUAUUUAAAAGUCCGGACACUGGUAAUGUUUCUAAAGAAAGAUUAUUAAGCUCCCAAGGGCAAAUUGCAAAGAAUAUGAAAUCUCCCAAGCCGUACAUGACAGAAUCGAGAUACCUUGGGACUUUAAAGGUUUUAGACCAAAAAGCUCAAGAUACCAGUAACCUUGAGGAGGCAGAUACCAUCAGAGCAACAAUCUACCAGGACUGGAUUACAAUGAAAAAGAAAACCCUUCAUGAAGAAAUGAAAAGAAAGAAGUUGGAGGAACAAUUUCAAAAGGAAAACAAAAAGAAGGAAGAGCUAAAUAAAAAACAAGACGCCAAAGCAUCAUAUACUGCCUGGAAGGAGCAAAAAGCAAAAAUUUUGAAAGCAAAAAUGAAAGAAAACAUGGAAAAGAGCAAGGAAAAAGAGAAUAAGGAAGAAGAAAAGGAGGAGCGCAAAAAUAUAGCAAAGAAGGCAGCAUUUGAAAAAUGGAAAGAAGAAAAAGAUGCACACCUAAUGGAAACUUGUAAAAAGGAAAAACAAGCAAAGAGGAAAGAGCAACAGAAGGUGGAAGAAGAAAAAACUGAAAAGGAAAGGCAAUGCAAGGCUGCAUUUAAUAACUGGAAUAAGAGUAAGGAAACAAUGCUUCAGGAUAAGAUCAAAGCAGAGCGUCAACUACAAAAGACAAUGAGAGACACAGUUAAAUAUGAAAAGGAAAUGAAGGAAAAACAGGCUUUGGACAUGUAUGAUCAGUGGCUGGUUAAGAAAGAAACACAAGAGCGAAAACAGCAGAAACAGAAGAAAUUUAGAGAAAUCUUGGAUGAGCCUCCUCCUCCCUGGUGCCCUCCUAGUAAAACUGUACCAUUUGGGAAAUAAUGUACUGUAUGCACUAAUAGGACUGGGUAUUUUUAUUCUGCAUGAAUUUAGCUAAAUAUGAAAGAUUUUAUAUUUUUAUAUUAAUUUAUUUUUAUCUGACAGCACUCAUGAUUUAAUCACUUAUAUUUAUUAAAAUGUGUUCCCUUUUUUUGGGCAGAUUUUAAAAAUGGUAACUGUGAUGAGGACUUUGCAUGUUUAAUCUAAUGUGAAAUGUGUGAUAUUUUUUGAUCAGAUAUUUCAUGCAGAGUUAAUAUUAAAUAUAUUUUCUACGCAGAGUCCAUAAAUAGAUCAGAAUUUUAAAAUUAGGAGUUUUAUUAAUAAUUGAUAAUUGCAGGAAUUAUUUUAAUAUUUCCCUAAUUUCUACAGCACAGGAAUAAAGCACACUUUUUACUGAA